ACCUCCUCGCGUGCGUCACCGCCGCGGUGCGGCCUACAUCGCUAUCCGCUGAAAGAGUUUGCGUCGAGAGAAAGAACAACCUCCUCUUCCCCUUUUUUUUUUAAUUUUCGUAUUUGUUCGGUUUGUCGUGCCUCUUUCCUCGAUGCAAGCCCCUCGCAACCUCGGCUUCUUAUUAUGAAAAGAACCUGUCUCGACAGAGCGCCGGCAAUGCCGAGCAUGGCCGGUAGCGUUUCUUUGGAAAGCUCGGGUUAAUUUAGCCUUCAGUCGUCUGAUAACUGAAAAGUAUUAUUCUCCAGAUACGGUGCUUUAUCCACCCGCGAUAAUGGCUGCCGACCCUUUUUGCCGCGACGGGCGACGGUGUCUUUAAUUCCUGGCUGACUGGGCGACCCGCACGACGCUUCGUCGGUUAUCCCUUUAAAGCCGGCUGAAGGAUUUCACGGUCAACAUGAAGCAUCGCCAGGAAUGGGAACUUCAGGACCCUGGGUCCAUGUACAAGGAAUAUCAUCGAGAAAAUCACGACACCACUCAAGACACUGCGUUGGCACUAAACUCGUUAUCGGCGGGCGACGACGAGAAGCCGGCUGCGGAUUCCCGGAAACAAUGGGGCAAAGGAAUGCAGUUCUUCCUCUCCUGCUUGUCGAUUUCCAUCGGCCUCGGCAACGUCUGGAGGUUCCCUACUCUCGCAUACCAGAACGGAGGAGGUGCAUUCCUCAUUCCGUACUUCGUGGUACUGUUCCUCAUCGGGAAGCCCGUCUACUUCAUGGAACUCGCCAUCGGACAAUUCGUGAGCAAGAGCCACGUCAAAGUCUGGAAGUGUGUUCCGGCUCUUAAAGGAAUCGGAGUUGCGCAGCUGUUUUCUACAUUCUACGUGACGGUGUCAUACAACUACAUCAUGGCCUUGUGUUUAUUCUACGUGUUCGCAUCAAUGCAAAGUCAACUUCCCUGGACUCACUGCGAUCCUGAAUGGAGCGACAGCAACUGUUUCGACUCCAGGGCGGCUAACAGAUCCGUCCUCAACAGUUCCAGUGCUACAUCAUCGGCAGAGCAAUACUUUCAACGGCAUGUUUUACGAGACUCCGGAGGCUUCACACUACCGUCUGUGCUGGACUGGCGAAUGGCGUUGUGCUUUCUUCUGGCCUGGACGUGUGAGGCGCUGUCUACCUUGAGGGGAAUUCGGUCUGUGGGAAAAGUGGUUUAUUUGACAUCUUCAAUGCCGUACGUGGUUAUGAUAUCGCUGCUGGUUAUCACGUGCCUUCAAGAUGGCGCCUGGAACGGCAUCAAAGCCUUUUUUGUCCCUCACUGGGAAAAGAUACUUGAAAUUGAGGUCUGGUUCAAGGCAUGCGAGCAGUCAUUCUUUUCCCUCACCACUGCCUUUGGACACCUUAUUAUGUACGCUAGCUUCAACGACUUUAACCAUCAAGUUGGAAGAGAUGCAUUUUUCAUCAGCAUUGCUGACACAAUGACUAGCAUUCUAGCCGGCUGCGUGGUCUUUGCCACUCUGGGAUCGCUGGCCCAUGAACUGAACACCGAUGACGUAUCUCAGGUUCUCAAGGGCGAAUCCGAUCUUGCCUUGGCCUUCGUGACCUACCCCGAGGCUCUAAGUCGAAUCUCGUUCGUCCCUCAACUCUGGUCUGUGAUGUUCUUCAUCAUGCUGUUUCUACUUGGUCUUGGUACUGGUGUUGGAGACGUUCAAGCUAUCACCACGGUAUUGACCGACCAGUUUCCGGGACUCAGAAAAUUCAGAAGCCACAUAUCAAUCCUCUUUUGUGUCAUUUGCUUUGGCACCGGUCUCAUCCUUUGCACAGACAGUGGAAACGCAUUGCGACUGCUAUUUGACAACUAUGGUGUGGGACAAGCCGUCUUUAUGUACGCCAUAUUUGAAGUGGUCGGACUUAUGUGGAUCUAUGGUCUUAGGAAUGUCUGUGAUGACUUUGAAUUCAUGCUCAAGGGGAAAAUAUCCUGGUAUUGGAAGAUGACCUGGGGAUUCAUAACCCCAGUCUCACUAAUUGCAAUAUUUAUUUAUGGCAACGCGACGGAAGGAAGCGCCUCCAGCUUACCACCGCUAGGACAGAUUAUCGGAUGGGUAAUGGCUGCCAUCGCGAUCGGUCAAGUGCCCCUCUGGAUGCUUGUGACAUUCGUGAAAGCGCCUGGAUCCACUCUCAUACAGAAAUUGAAAUCAACCUUCACGCCAGAUGCUAACUACGGUCCAAGUGAUCCGAACGUCCGCAAGGAGUGGAAGCUGUGGAAAGCAGCUAGAAACAACAAAGAUUCAGUGGUCCCCAUAUAUGCCAUCAACGGACAGGAAAAUCCUUCUUUCACACCAGACAUCAUCAACAGCUGAUGACUGUUGUGCACGCACUUGUAUCUGUGAUAACCAUCAUCGUUUCACCCUAAGUUUUACGCAUACGUCCAGUAGAGUGAACAUUUUUCCCUCUUUUAAUAUUGAUCGUGCAUGUCAUCUGUAUGUCUCGUCUAUCGUUUUAAUAAAAGCGCUAAAUUUUC